UAAAUGGGCCGGGUUCAAUCCGAAUUACAUACCUGACCCGAUCAAAACAGUCCGAUUGCUUGGAUCGGGUCGUUGUCUCCCCCAAAAUUCUCGUCCCAUUAUUUCUCAUUUUUUUCCUCCGUUCUCUUUGAAAUUCCGCGCCGUUUUUCUUCCACUUUCUCAACUUCACAAAAGACUGUAAAUUUUUACACUUGGUGGUAUAUUUUGCUGUUUUUCAGGUUUUCAAUUUAGAGCUAAUCUGUUGCUAUGACGACCGACUCAAGGAGGGACGAUAUUAGCAACACGCUUCGAAUACUUGUAGCGACGGAUUGCCAUUUAGGUUAUAUGGAGAAAGAUGAAAUACGACGACACGAUUCAUUUCAAGCUUUUGAUGAGAUAUGUUCAAUAGCAGAGGAAAAGCAGGUUGACUUUUUACUCCUUGGUGGAGAUCUUUUCCAUGAAAAUAAGCCUUCAAGGUCAACUUUAGUUAAGGCCAUUGAGAUUCUUCGUCGUCAUUGCCUUAAUGAUCAACCGGUGCAGUUUCAAGUUGUUAGCGAUCAGACCGUGAAUUUUCCAAAUACAUUUGGCCAUGUGAAUUAUGAAGAUCCUCACUUCAAUGUUGGCUUGCCAGUGUUUAGUAUUCAUGGAAACCAUGAUGAUCCUGCUGGAGUUGACAACCUUUCUGCUGUUGAUAUACUUUCAGCAUGUAACCUAGUGAACUAUUUCGGGAAAAUGGUUCUUGGGGGUUCAGGUGUUGGUCAGAUUACUCUCUACCCUAUUCUUAUUAGGAAGGGCUCAACUGCUGUAGCUCUUUAUGGUCUUGGGAAUAUUAGAGAUGAACGGCUCAAUAGAAUGUUUCAGACACCCCAUGCUGUGCAAUGGAUGCGACCUGAACCUCAAGAAGGGUAUGAAGUGUCUGAUUGGUUCAACAUUCUGGCACUUCAUCAGAACAGAGUGAAGAUGAACCCUAAAAAUGCCAUAAAUGAGCGCUUCUUACCACGCUUCCUGGAUUUCGUAGUUUGGGGACAUGAACAUGAAUGUCUUAUUGACCCUCAGGAAGUACCAGGGAUGGGAUUUCACAUUAGUCAACCAGGUUCCUCAGUUGCAACAUCGCUGAUUGAUGGAGAAUCAAAGCCAAAGCAUGUGCUCCUUUUAGAAAUUAAGGGAAAUCAAUAUCGUCCGACCAAAAUACCUUUGACAUCAGUGAGGCCUUUCGAAUAUACAGAGGUUGUGUUGAAGGACGAACCUGACAUUGAUCCCAAUGAUCAGAACUCUAUUCUUGAAUAUUUGGACAAAGUGGUCAGCAAUCUAAUAGAGAAGUCCAGUAGGAAGGCUGUUAAUGGAUCAGACCUCAAGCUUCCAUUAGUCCGAGUUAAGGUGGAUUACUCUGGAUUCAUGACAAUAAAUCCUCAAAGAUUUGGGCAGAAGUAUGUUGGGAAGGUUGCAAAUCCCCAAGACAUUCUUAUAUUCUCCAAGGCUUCUAAAAGGAGUCAGAAAGAAGCCAAAAUUGAUGAUUCUGAAAGGCUUCGCCCAGAAGAAUUAAAUCAACAGAAUAUAGAAGCAUUAGUUGCUGAAAAUAACCUGAAAAUGGAGAUCCUUCCAGUCAAUGACUUGGAUGUUGCACUGCACAAUUUUGUUAAUAAGGAUGACAAAUUGGCUUUCUAUAACUGUGUGCAAUACAAUCUUGAAGAAACUCGUAACAAAAUUGGAAAGGAUUCAGAUGCUUCAAAGUUUGAAGAGGAAGACUUAAUUCUUAAAGUUGGAGAGUGCUUGGAGGAACGUGUCAAGGAAAGGUCUUCACACCCUAAGGAUGCCCUUCAGUUCACAUCAAGUGUGCAGUCCUUUGAGAAUGUCAGGAGUAAAAAUGAUACAGGAGUAGGAAGUGCAGCCUCCUUUAGUGACGAUGAAGACACAGCACAGCUAUUGAGCUCUGCCAAUAGAGGCCGGAAAGGGUCGUUGACAGCUUCUCGAUCAUCUCGUGAUGCCCCAGAAGUUAGUAAAAGUAAAACUUCUACCAGAGGAAGGGGUAGAGGCAGAGGCAGAGGCUCUAGUGGCUUAAAGCAGACAACUCUUGAUGCUACAUUGGGUUUUCGCCAUUCUCAAAGAUCUGCAUCAGUUGCUGCAGCGGCUGCAGUUCAAAGUAUUGCUGAUGAUGAGGAGAACAUUGACUCUGCUUCAAGUGAAGAAUAUGGAAUUAAUGAGGUUGAUAACAGUUCGGAAAAUGAUGAAAUUGUUCAAGGUAAAGGACGCAAAAGAGCUGCUCCUAGGGGAAGAGGUAGAGGAUCUACAUCUAAGCGGGGAAGGAAAUCCGAUAACUCUUCAGUUCAUAAAGUGUUCGUGAACAAGCAUGAUGAUGAUGAUGAUGACGAUGAUACUGAAGAAAUUGCAAGGAGAUUUAAUAAGUCUCAACCUCGGGUAACAAAAAGUUAUGGUGCUCUGAGAAGAUAAGUGUUAUCACGCCACCACCAAUGUGGUUGUGUAUUGCGAUGCCGAUAGCACCUAGCAUAGCAGAUUAUGCGGAUAAAUUGAAGAUCAACAUUAUCCAGCUCAGUGUAAAUGAUUUUCAAAGGGUAAUUGCAUUGGGAUGGCUGGUGAAAGGUAUAAAUCUGUAUUGCCUACAUUAUGCUAACUUUUUGUCCGAGAUUAAAAGAAUGUUAUCGAUUAGAUUUGUAUGUACACCCAAUGCAAGAAUUUAAUUGGCAAGUUAGCUGGUAGAUCUGUAAUGUUUUGCUCAUAAUCAAACUGGUCGAAUGUUCAUUUUCCUCUUGUUUUACACUUAUAAAGUAACAAUCUUACUAUAUGUUUAGAUAUCAACCUUUUGAUGCGAGAUUUAGGCCCCUCAACCAUUGAGGUGCGAAUGGGCUUUUGGUAAAAACGUCUUUUCCAGUGCAACCUCAAUCCUAAACGGGGAAAAUUGUGGUUUGCUGUCGUAUAGUUUAGUUUAGUUUUGCAAACACAAAAACCCCUUUGGAAGUGUGUUUAGAUUUGAUGAUUUAUAUAUUCGUAUCAUAUAAAAUAUUCAAAUUUGUAUAUUCGUAUUAUGUUUUAUACGAAAAUUACAUAUUGCAAUUUGUG